CAAAGAUUGAAUAGAAGCAAGAAACAAAUUUUUACUUGAAACAUUUCGCAAGCAAAAAAAAGAGAAGAAGAAACUACAAACAAUACACAAAAACUAAUUGCAAUUAAAACGUUCGUUCGUUCGUUCAAUGAUGAACAAAUAUUGUAGUGAGAAAUUGCGUAAAACAAAAAGCAAAGAAAAAGUACUAAAAAAAAGAAGCGUUGAACCCUUUUCGAACGAACUGUGAAAUGAGAGAACUCAUUUUUAUAGAGGGGAGUGGCGCACCUAAAAGGCGCCAAAUCUAGGUCCUGACUUUACACAAUACACGAAGUACACACAUUCACAUGUACAAUCGAAAAUGUACAUGUAGAAAUACAUACACACAGCUCUCCCACACACUUGAGUCAAAGGAAUGAAUGGGACUCAGUGUAGUAGAUAAGAAUACGAGGAGAAGCAAGAAGUAGAAAUCAAAACUAACAACAACCAACGCACGCACAUAAAUAUAAGAAGAGAAAAAGCCAACAGGAAAAGGCCAACAGAAAAAAAAACAAGAAAAACAACACAACUCAAAUGUGUGGGAGCCACAACUUAGGGGGGGGAGCAAAGGGGACCCGUACGCGAUGCUUUAGCUAUCUGUCUGUGCGGGUGUGGGUGUGUGUGUCGCACACUCUCCAGCCGCAGCGGAACUUCUAUUGUUUAUUGGAAGUAGGGAUUGAGCAGCAGCAGAAGCAGCAGCAAACAGAAGAGAGCGUGCGCGCGAUGUCAGGCUGAAUGGCAAAAUGCACAGGCCCACAAAGAGGCGUAGGGAGCGAGCACUCACAUACACACACACACUCACGCGCAAUGUUCGUGUGUGUGUUCCAGUUGCUGUUUGUGUUGUUUCAUUGCAGCCAGCAGAGUCGCAGAGACAACAACGCAGCAGCAACGGGCGCAGUUGAGAUAACGAAAACAAUUGAUAAACCCUGAUAAGGAUUCACAGACAGAGAGUGAGAGAAAGAGAGUCGCACAUUCCAAGCCAAGUCCUGCGCAGCGGCAACGGCAACUGCAGCAGCAGCAGCAGCGUUGCCACCUGAGCGCGCUUAUCAUUGAUUGAGCAUGUCGCACGGCAGCGCCGGCGCGCAAACUGUUGGCGGUGGUGGCGGCAGCGUUGGUGGCGGCGGUGCAGCAGCAGCAGCGGCGGCGGCAGCAGCAGCGGCUGGUUCUGAAUAUCGUGAACUACAUUGGACUGUGUCGAGUGUGAUGGACUCGUCGCGUGUAUCCACCUGCCUUAUAUCGAUGCUGUUAAUUGUCUAUGGCAGCUUUCGCAGUCUCAACAUUGAGCAGGAGGCGCGAGAGCGUGAACAAAAGAAACGCAAUGAAUCCAUGACGAAUUUGCUCACCGGCGAACAGGUGGAAAAGGAGCCAACGGAUAAGUUUGCUACGCUGGAUACGAUGCAUGCGCUGUGCUUGCCACUCGGUGCUUCCAUAUCGCUGCUCAUCAUGUUCUUCUUCUUUGACUCGAUGCAGCUGCUCUUCGCCGUGUGCACAGCCAUUAUUGCCACUGUGGCAUUGGCAUUUCUUCUGCUGCCCAUGUGCCAGUAUAUCAUUCGGCCGUGCACGGAUGGCAAACGCUUCUCCUUUGGCAUCUGCGGACGUUUCACGGCAGCGGAACUAUUCAGCUUCACGCUCUCCGUAUCAAUUGUGUGCGUCUGGGUGCUCACUGGCCAUUGGCUGCUUAUGGAUGCUAUGGGCAUGGGUCUAUGUGUGGCCUUCAUAGCGUUUGUGCGAUUGCCCAGCUUGAAGGUGUCGACGCUGCUGUUGACCGGUCUGCUCAUCUAUGACGUCUUUUGGGUAUUCCUCUCAUCGUACAUAUUCAGCACAAAUGUGAUGGUCAAGGUGGCCACACGACCCGCCGAGAAUCCUGUCGGCAUUGUGGCGCGCAAAUUGAAUUUGGGCGGCAUUGUGCGCGACACACCGAAACUGAAUUUGCCGGGCAAACUGGUUUUCCCCAGCAUACACAAUACGGGACACUUCUCGAUGCUCGGCCUGGGCGAUGUCGUAAUGCCGGGACUGCUGUUGUGCUUUGUAUUGCGCUACGAUGCCUACAAAAAGUCACAGGGCGUUACCUCGGAUCCAACGCUAUCGCCGCCAAAAGGUGUUGGCUCCCGGUUGACGUAUUUUCAUUGUUCCUUAUUGGGCUAUUUCUUGGGUCUCUUAACGGCAACUGUCAGCUCGGAGGUGUUUAAGGCCGCACAGCCCGCCUUACUGUACUUAGUGCCGUUCACGUUAUUGCCGCUCUUGCUGAUGGCCUAUCUCAAGGGUGAUCUGCGGCGCAUGUGGAGCGAACCAUUUAUUGCGCAUCCACCAUCAAAACAACUGGAAGUCUGAGUGUACUCUAUCUUACAAAAAGAAUUAAAAAAAGAAAACACAAAAAAAUGCAAAGAAUAAGAACACACAACAAAUUUAAACACUAUGAAUUCUCUCUUAAUAACGUACGUAUUGUUUAAUUAUACGUAUCAACGUUUUUUAUAAGUUAGGUGAUCCUCUUUUUAGUGAAGUAACAGCAAAACCGAAUAAUAAAUGUAUGUAGUUUUAGUAUAUAUAAGUGGCAAAGAUUUUUAAAAACCACAAAAAUGUACAUGUAUAUGUUGAUGUGUUUUGGCUUUACGUUACGCAGAGCUGAAGAUAGAUACAGUUUAUGCUGGCCCCAAUAUUCAAUACAAUUUGUAAGCAAGAUUAAUGAAGAUUUUUCAGAUGCGUAUCAAAUUGCAUUCUUAACCUUUUAAUACAAAACCUGCAUAAACUAAAUACAUUGUAAAGGUUUUAGUAUUAGCAUUUCUUUUUUUCUAACAACUGUUGAGAUUUCAUUUUGUUCAUUUAGUUUUUAAAGCAUUUUCAACAUUUCCAGCAUACGAUGAAUCAAAUACUAAAUUAUCCGAGUUACAUUAUCAAAAAGUAUGUCAUUUUUCUGUAAAUACUUUAGUUAAAUAACAAUCACAAAUAAUAGUUAGUAAGAGCGCCUACAUUUCCCAUAAUGAGUAUUAUAUCGCUCUAAAAUGCUUUACAUAUUAUUUCUCAAUCAAAUUUCCGUCCCCCAAUUUAUUUGCUCCAUUUCAAAUCAAAAUUUCACUUACACAUACAAUAAUGAUAUUUUGCCAAAAUGCAUGUGUUCGUUUUAAACAAAAAAUAUAAAAAAUUAAAAAAAAAAAACAAGGAUAAAAAACGAAAAACAAAAACUGUUGCACUCCGUGUGUUUCACAA